AAUAACCCCAUGAAUUGAAUAAAAUAAACAAAACCUCAUCACCCCAAUCACCAAGUUCCAGUUUUUUUUUUUUUGAUUCCAAAGGUGAUGACAGUCUGCUAUGGCUCUUUGUACAUCUGAGGAUUCUUGAAAGUCUUUUAUCAGCUGCUUUCUGCCAUAUCUGACUUUUCUUCACUUCCCUAGCCCUAGGGUACUUAGUUAAGUGUCUGUGUCACUGUUGAGUGAGGAUUUGGGAUUCUUUGGUGGAGAAAAAUGAGUGGAGCUGUGCUUGUAGCUGUUGCAGCAGCUAUUGGUAACUUGUUGCAAGGAUGGGAUAAUGCUACAAUUGCAGGCGCUGUUUUAUACAUAAAGAGAGAGUUUAAAUUGGAAAGCGAACCGACCAUAGAAGGCCUUAUUGUAGCCAUGUCUCUUAUCGGAGCCACAUGCAUUACUACAUGCUCGGGAGGAAUAUCGGACUGGCUAGGCCGCCGCCCGAUGCUAAUAAUCUCGUCCGUUCUUUACUGUCUUAGUGGUCUUGUAAUGUUAUGGUCUCCUAAUGUUUAUAUCUUGCUUUUGGCGAGGCUUUUGGAUGGCUUUGGGGUUGGUUUAGCUGUAACUUUGGUCCCUGUUUACAUAUCCGAGAUGGCACCACCUGAAAUAAGGGGAUUGUUGAAUACCCUUCCACAGUUUACUGGUUCUUUUGGAAUGUUUUUCUCGUAUUGCAUGGUUUUUGGAAUGUUGUUAACGGACUUACCGAAUUGGAGAAUGAUGCUUGGAGUUCUUUCUAUUCCGUCUCUUGUAUAUUUUGCAUCAACUGUUUUCUUCUUGCCUGAGUCACCAAGAUGGCUAGUAAGUAAAGGGCGAAUGAGAGAGGCGAAAAAAGUUUUGCAGAGACUACGCGGCCGGGAAGAUGUUGCUGGUGAGAUGGCUUUGCUAGUUGAGGGACUUGGUGUUGGAGGUGAAACAUCGAUAGAGGAGUACAUAAUUGGUCCGGCCAACGAGGACAUCGAAGACCAAGAUAUCUCUGCUGAUAAAGAUCAAAUCAAGUUAUAUGGACCCGAACAAGGUCUUUCAUGGGUGGCCAGACCCGUCACUGGACAGAGUACUCUAGGUCUUGUUUCUCGGCAUGGAAGCUUAGCUUCUCAGAGAAGUGGUCUUGUGGAUCCGCUUGUUACCCUCUUUGGAAGUGUCCAUGAGAAGCUCCCGGAAACAGGAAGCAUGCACAGCGCGCUUUUUCCGCACUUUGGUAGCAUGUUUAGCGUUGGAGGUAAUCAAGCUAGAAACGAAGAGUGGGAUGAUGACAUUGUUCCCAGAGACGGCGAGGACUACCAAUCCGAUGGUGGCGGUGCUGAUUCUGAUGACAACUUGCAUAGUCCUUUGAUCUCCCGGCAAACAACCAGUUUGGACAAGGACAUAGUUCCAGCUGGCCAUGGAAGCCUUACAAGCUUAAGGCACGGUAGUCUAAUGCAAUCAACUACUGGAGAACAUGUUGGUAGCAUGGGUAUCGGUGGUGGUUGGCAGAUCGCAUGGCAGUUGUCCGAAAAAGAAGGUCCGGAUGGAAAAAAGCAAGGAGGAUUUAAAAGAAUUUAUUUGCACCAAGAGGGUGUACCAGGAUCGAUGCGUGGAUCACUGGUUUCUCUCCCCGGUGCUGAAUCCCCUGCAGACAGUCAGUACGUCCAAGCUUCUGCCUUGGUGAGUCAGCCGGCUCUCUAUUCCACCGAGCUUAUGAAGCAGCAUCCAGUUGGACCGGCUAUGGUUCAUCCGGUGGAAACUGCUAAGGGACCAAGUUGGAAGGAUCUCUUUGAACCAGGAGUCAAGCACGCUUUAGCAGUAGGGGUCGGAAUUCAAUUACUUCAGCAGUUUUCAGGUAUAAAUGGAGUGCUAUACUACACUCCCCAAAUUCUCGAGCAGGCAGGAGUCGGAGUUCUUCUUUCGAACUUGGGCAUCAGUUCGUCUUCUGCAUCUCUGCUUAUCAGUGGCAUUACGACCUUGUUGAUGCUUCCGAGUAUUGCAGUUGCUAUGCGGCUUAUGGAUGUUGCUGGUAGAAGGUAAGUUCUGUUCCGUUUUCGGGU